CGGCCACGCCCCUUCCCCUGAGCGCGGAGCCUCCGCCUCCUCCCUCGCCUCUCGCCCUCCAGUCGCGGCUAUUAUGGGGAAGAAGCACAAGAAGCACAAGGCGGAGAAGGCGGAGUGGAGGUCCGCGCCCGCCCCGGCCGUCGUCGCCGCCACCGGAGGGGGAGGGAGCGGCGGCGCCGCCUAUGACGAUUAUGUGGAUAAGCCCUUGGAGAAGCCAUUGAAGUUGGUGUUGAAAGUUGGUGGAAGUGAAGUGACAGAACUUUCAGGAUCAGGCCACGAUUCCAGUUAUUAUGAUGAUAGAUCAGACCAUGAGAGAGAGCGACAUAAGGAGAAGAAAAAGAAGAAGAAGAAGAAAUCUGACAAAGAGAAAGAAAAGCAUCUUGAUGAUGAGGAGAGACGGAAGAGAAAGGAAGAAAAGAAAAGAAAAAGGGAGAAAGAACAAUGUGAUACUGAGGGUGAAACAGAUGACUUUGAUCCUGGAAAGAAAGUAGAGGUUGAGCCACCCUCUGAUCGCCCAGUCCGAGCCUGUAGAACACAGCCAGCAGAAAGCGAGAGCACACCUAUUCAGCAAUUGUUGGAACAUUUUCUUCGCCAGUUACAGAGGAAAGAUCCUCACGGGUUUUUUGCUUUUCCAGUCACGGAUGCCAUUGCUCCUGGAUAUUCCAUGAUAAUAAAGCAUCCUAUGGAUUUUGGCACUAUGAAAGAAAAAAUUGCAGCAAACGAGUACAAGUCAGUAACAGAAUUCAAGGCAGAUUUUAAGCUGAUGUGUGACAACGCAAUGACAUACAACAGACCAGACACUGUGUACUACAAACUGGCCAAGAAGAUCCUCCAUACAGGCUUUAAGAUGAUGAGCAAAGAACGGCUGUUAGCUUUGAAGCGCAGCAUGUCGUUUAUGCAGGACAUGGAUUUUUCUCAGCAGGCAGCUCUUUUGGGCGACGAAGACCCAGCUGUUGAGGAACCUGUGCCCGAAGUUGUUCCUGUUCACGUAGAGACUACCAAGAAAUCCAAAAAGCCAAGUAAAGAAGUCAUUAGCUGCAUAUUUGAACCAGAAGGCAAUGCAUGCAGCCUGACUGACAGCACUGCUGAAGAGCACGUUCUGGCUUUGGUGGAACAUGCAGCAGAUGAAGCUCGGGACCGGAUCAGUCGAUGUCUCCCAAACAGCAAGAUAGGCUACCUGAAAAAGAAUGGUGAUGGGUCUUUGGUCUUCAGCGUACUCAAUCCAUCAGAUCCAGAAGCAGAAGAGGAAGAAACCCAUCCAGUGGAUCUGAGUUCUUUGUCAAGCAAGUUAUUACCUGGUUUCACAGCCCUGGGCUUCAAAGAUGAAAGAAGGCACAAAGUCACGUUCCUUUCAAGUGCUAAUACAGCACUUUCGAUGCAGCACCAUUCUAUCUUUCAUGAUCUGAAAGCAGAUGAAAUGGAACUGCUGUAUUCAGCAUAUGGAGAUGAAACUGGGAUCCAGUGUGCCCUAAGUUUGCAGGAAUUUGUGAAGGAUUCUGGAAUUUACAGCAAAAAAAUAGUGGAUGACUUGCUGGAUCAAAUCACUGGUGGAGAUCAUUCCAAAAUUAUUUAUCAGCUAAAGCAGAGGAGAAACAUUCCAGUGAAGCCACCAGAUGAAGUCAAAGUUCCACCAGUCCUCAUAAAAGAAGAACACAAAUUGCGCAAUACUUGCCCAGAUGCCUCCAAGCAGAGUAUGGUUGGGGAAGCCAUUGGAGACAAUACUAGUUCCGUUUUGGAUUUUUUGUCUAUGAAGCCAUAUUCAGACGUGUCCCUUGAUAUAUCCAUGUUGAAUUCAUUGGGUAAAGUAAAGAAGGAGCUUGAUCAUGAGGACAAUCAUUUACACUUGGAUGAAACCACCAAAUUACUGCAGGACCUUCAUGAGGCUCAGGCCGACAGAGUAGGAUCCAGGCCGUCCUCCAACCUCAGCUCCCUCUCCAAUGCUUCUGAAAGGGAUCAACACCACCUAGGAAGCCCUUCUCACUUAAGUGUAGGAGAACAACAAGAUAUGGUCCAUGACCCCUAUGAAUUUCUUCAGUCUCCAGAACCUACAAAUGCCAAUAAUUAACCUUGCAUAUAUUGUAUUUAUUUUGUGCUUUUUAUACUGUGUAAACAAUUUAUGUAGUUCUGUCAACUAGCAUGCAUUUCUAUUUGCCCUUUUUAUUUUGUAUGAAGAUUGCUAAAUAAUAAUGCUCGUGCAUAUUUGUAAAUAUUACUUGGGUUUAUAUAUCAUGGUAUUUGGACCUUUUCAUAUGGUAUUUUAGGUGUGUACAAUAGAUCUGAAGAAGCAAUCUCAAAUUACGUAUUUAAGAUACCUUAUUUAUAUUUUAAAAAAUGCUAACCAGCUGUUUAUCAUGCUGUCAAUCGUUUAAAAGUUUUUUAUUUAGUGUGCCGCUAUGGCCGUAUAGGAGGAGCAUUUUUUCCAGUGGUGAUACAGUGUUAGUCACAGAGACCUAUUAAUACCAAGGUGGCUCUGCUGUAUGACUGACUUUAGACAUCACCCAGACAUUUCAGAACCGUGGUUGUCCUUCUCCUUCUCUUUCUCCAGUUGCUCACUGCAAAGGUGGCCAGAUUAAAAGUUAUAUACAGCCCAGAUCCUCAAUAGUAAUAUUGAAGAUUUACAGCUUAAAAAGUUCAGCCCUUGCCAAAUUAUCCAGAUUUUUAACACGUUUUAAAUUUUAAAUGAAGAAUUUGAAAUUUGACACUAAAUGACUUUUUUAAAACAAUUUAUAUUAUGGAUAAACUAGAAUCAUUUUGUUGUUCAUUAACAAUAUUGUAAAUAUGAAUAAAACUCAUCAAUGCAA